GUUAAAGGCAAGGCGCCGGCGACCAGCGGGCCAGCUCGUGGUGCGCAGGCGCGAGCUUCCUCCACGGUACAACCGCUCCCGGGCUGGGCUGUGUGCUUGUGUAGCUGUGUAGCGGCGGCGACGGCGGCACAGGCACAUCUCGGACACCAUGAGCAACUUCAGCAGCGAGGAGCGCGCAGCGCCCUUCACCCUCGAGUACCGCGUCUUCAUCAAAAAUGAGAAAGGGCAGUAUAUUUCUCCAUUUCAUGAUGUUCCAAUUUACGCAGACAAGAUGACAAAUGCCUUUAGUACUCUGAAGGACCAGCAGCAGGUGUGGCAGUCACAGGAAUCACUGGCUGAUGUGUUCCACAUGGUGGUUGAGGUUCCACGCUGGUCAAAUGCAAAAAUGGAGAUUGCUACAAAGGACCCUUUAAACCCAAUUAAGCAAGACGUGAAGAAGGGAAAGCUCCGCUAUGUGGCCAAUCUGUUCCCUUACAAAGGGUACAUCUGGAACUAUGGCGCCAUCCCCCAGACAUGGGAAGACCCAGGACACAGUGACGAACACACUGGCUGCUGUGGUGACAACGACCCAAUUGACGUUUGUGAAAUUGGAAGCAAGGUAUGUGCCAGAGGUGAGAUAAUCAGGGUGAAGGUCCUGGGCAUACUGGCCAUGAUCGACGAGGGCGAGACCGACUGGAAGGUCAUUGCCAUUAAUGUGGACGAUCCAGACGCAGCCAAUUACCAUGAUAUUUCUGAUGUGGAGCGGCUGAAACCCGGCUACUUAGAAGCUACCGUUGACUGGUUUAGAAGGUAUAAGGUUCCUGAUGGGAAACCAGAAAAUGAGUUUGCAUUCAACGCAGAAUUUAAAAAUAAGGAGUUUGCAGUUGACAUUAUUAAAAACACCCACGAUUAUUGGAAGGCAUUAGUGACUAAGAAGACAGAUGGGAAAGGGAUCAGUUGCAUGAACACCACAGUGUCCGAGAGCCCCUUCAAGUGUGACCCUGAUGCAGCCAAAGCCAUCGUGGAUGCUGUAAGUAACGCUGGCCUUGUGGCUGGGUGA